AUGUCGACAGUACCAGCAAUUCAACUCCUGCCACCUCCCAUCGACGUCUCGUUCGGAGAUGAGCACGCGCCUCUUCCACAAUGUACCGCCAACCUGAUGCCGUUCGGGAUCGACUACGACGGACCUGCGCCCAUAGAUUCGUUUCUCGUCCAACAACCCGCGCCUCAAGAAGGAUCCGGUACUGCCAUAGACAGCUUCAUCUCGGCAUUUAGAGGCAGAGCAAUCCAGUCGACGCCGUUGCCGCUUCCGGCUGGGUUUGCAGCCAAGAUCGUAUCGGUAUCUCAGGUCGUCUCGAGCCCCGCUAGCACCAGUCACGCCGCCCGCUCAGGCAUCGAUGUAGAGGCUCGAACUGCAAAGAACGAGCUGGAGAGAGAGAACAAACGCAGGAGAAUAGCCACCCAGCCGCCGGCUAAACAGCAAAAGUUCUCCAUGGAUAGCGAUGACGACGACAACGAGGAAGAGGAAGAGGAAGUAGAGUUCCAAAAUGAUGUCGAUGCCAACUCGACGCACGAUGUAUCUCCACCGCCGCAAACUACCGGACAACAAGCCACAGAAACACAGGCGAAACCGAACAAUGCAGGUCCAACAAUACACAUCGAACCAAUCGCACACAUCCACCCGAAUCACUUGACCGUCUGGGGCCCCGAUGGUCCCAUCGACAAAGGCGACGAUUCCUUCUUCCGUACCGUAGGCGAGUGGUAUUCGGUCGUCGCGCCUUUGUUACACGCCUAA